AUGGAGGACAUCUAUUCAGCCUCUCGGGAAGGAAACGUACGCUUCGUGAAAACAUGGCUGGAAAAUACCUCAAACGAUCUAAAUCAAGGGUAAGCUAAUAUGUCAACGGUUGUGGAAAUUGAAAGAGCUGUCAGUUGUAAUCGAGCAAACUACGAUUCACGGCUAACGGGUUGCAAGUGAAUCAUUUUAUUUUAGGCACUUUACGCAACUGUUAACGCAACAAUUUACUGACCGUAUGUUUUCAUGCAUUCAAACGCCAGACACUUUGCAUGCUGUGCCAUACAGUUUUGUGAAACAACAGCUUUUUAUGUUUAUACUGUUAACUUGAACGUCGUGAUGUGGCCGAGUCUGGCUGAGAUCGCGCGCAUUUUCGUGGCCUUUCAUUGACAACUCGAUUGUUCUUUUCUCCAGAGAUGAUCAUGGCUUCACCCCGCUUCUGUGGGCUUCGAGGGAAGGGCAGACAGCUGUGUUCGAUUUGCUUUUGUUGCGAGGAGCCAGAGUAACAGCUGUGAAUGACGGAGGGGAUAACGGGUUGCAUUUGGCCGCCAGUAAAUCAAAUAAGGAAAUUAUACAACGGGUACGUGAGAAUGUCAUGUUGAAUACUACAGUGAUUUGAAGCAUUCUUUUGCGAACGUAAACAUUUUAAAGUAAUUGGAAAUACAAGUGGUGAUAUGAGAAUUAACUCGAGAACUCCUAAAGUAAACAACUGCGAACUCAUCAAGCCUCAGUUUUGUUAAGUGGUGUUAACAAGUUAAGGCACCUUUGUCUUGCUGAGAAAAUGCGUUCAAAUUAUCCAAUUACAAACGCGUAGCAUACACAUGCUAAUUACGGUAUAUUACGAAGUUAGUUGUAGUUAUGAACACAGCUCUAACUUGUAUUAAAAGGCUUUGUUGAUCGAUAUCUCUCAGUACAUAUGAAGUGAAAUCUGUCCCAUGGAACAACUCCCUUCUUUUCAUAAGCAGUUUUCAAUGUCAUCAUUGUUUUUAGACACAGUAUAAUAAUGGUACUUGGAUAAGAGCUGUAAUCCUUUGAUUCUUACAGGGAGUACAGUAGCUAUUAACAUGCGAUUUUUUUUUUACCAUUUGAUACAGCACUUACAACCUAUUCUCAAGUACGUUUGAGGGAGGGGUGCUUAUUAUAGAGGGGCGCUUAAUUAAGAGGGGGGAGAGGUUAAAUUCAUUUUCAGGUUAAAAAAUGGAUACUUCAAGGGCUAAAAAACAAAGGAAAUUCUGAAUCUGGGUAUGUUAACCCUUUCAGCCCCAACAGCAACAUGCAUCUUCUCCACACUGUUCAUCAUAUGUUCUUUAUGGUACUGCUUGCGAGAAUUUGUUCUAACAUCAUAACAUUUCAUCUUUGGAGAUCAUUUAAUUCAUUCUCAUGACCUGUAUGUUUGAUCAGGCAGUGUUAUUUUUGAAAGAAAUCGGAUGUGGGUCACUAUAGGGGCAUAAAGGGUUAAAUAAUGGUUCGACCGGAGAAUGGAUGUUAUGUACAAUAUUUUCUCCUUGCCCCAGGUAAAUAACAUAAUAACUUUGUUUUAUAGCUACUGAAGCAUAAGUGUCCUGUAAAUGGAAGCAACACCCAUGGGAAUACUCCUCUGCAUUAUGCUUGUUUCUGGAAUUCUGAGGAGUGCGCUGAGGUAAUAUUUUUUGCCUCUGUCUUUUGUCAGAUGCUGAGCACAUUCUUAAGUUUACAUGGCUAAAAUAUAGGAUCAGCAUAAGAUUGUGAUUAACAUCCUAUCUACCCCUCCCCCACCCCCCCUCUAACCAAGCAUUGACAAUAAAUAACUUCUUAAGGUUUGGUAAAACAAGCAACGAUGAUUUGCAACUUGUUUUGUUACAUUGCUGCAAAGCGAGUUGAAUAGUGAUGUAAAAAAUUUUACCACCCAUGAAUCAAACCUGUCUUGCAACAAAUCAGGUUGUUGCUGGUUACAAAACAUUGUUACAGAAAGUAGAGAGAAAUUCUACUUUUGGCAACAAAAUCUGUACAUGUUGUGCAUUUUACGGGCUCAAGGCAAACUUGUUUCGCGGUAAGUGAUGAGAAUCCUCUGUAAGGCUUGACUCCUGUGUAAUUUUACCCAAUCAGAAGUCAGUAUUCACACAACUUGCAACAACAUGAUUUGUUGCCAGGCAGGUUAGAAUGUUGGUGGUAAAAUGCAUAACAUAGCUGUUUAACUCAUUUUGCAGCAGUGUUGCAAAACAAGUUGCGCAUUUUUGUUACCUGUUUUACCAUAGCUUUACGUUUGGCAAAGGAAAAUCCCUUCAUCUGUUUUUAUGGUAUUUUGUAUAAAUAUGAAAGGGGUGGUGAUGGUGCACUGGUGUCUUAAUGUAAUAAAUUUUGGAUUUUGGUCUCCUUUAGGGUGUUCUGGGCAAAACGCCAUCCUAUUUAGCCGUGAAGGUCUCGUUUAGGGUUGCACGUGAAAAAAAAUAUAAAUAUAAAAAUAUAAAAUUAAUAUUGUCUGUGUUUUCAUAUGGUCUCUUUUAGUGGUGAAAAAAAGACUGGGCCAUGCCCAGAUUGGUCUCCUUUCAUCUGUUUUUAUGGUAUUUUGUAUAAAUUGAACAGGAACUUGUAAAAAGAGGUGCACUGGUCUCACAAUGUAAUAAAUAUGGAGAGACUCCUCUUGACAAGUGUAAACCAUACCUCGCAGAGAUACUGAGAGGUGAGCCAAUAUAUAAAAAGGAGGAAGUAUUUUUUAGCUGUAACAGCGUCAAUCUUAAAACCAGGGGACAAAUGACCACCAUCUAGAAUAACUGAUAAUUAACAAUACUACAGUAUUUAUUUCUAUUGCUGUGUUGUAUUGUCACUUUUAUUAAUCUUCUGAGCCAAGCUCCUUAGCUGUAUGAAGGAUGAUUGGUGUAAGUACAAGUUAGUUACCACGACAGCUUACACUGUUUGUUAACUUGGUACAGAUUAACAAUGACUACUAAAGCUAACCAGACAGCAAGCAACUUGACCCAAAUUAAUAUUUGACCUUUUGUGAAUGAUUUGAAUAUGAUGCGGUGAUGUCUCUAACUAUGCCACUUGCUUCGUUCAGACCUUGCUGCUCAGCUCGGACAAGAUCUUAAAAGAAUACCAUUUAAAGGUAAAUCAAUCUUUCGUAUGAAUUCCUGUAUACAGUCAGUUCUUGCCUUGCGGACACCCCGCUAUAACGGAUACCCCGAUAAUACAGACAGCAGCUAAACCCCAGGCAAAAAUUAACUACAGACAUUUGACUGAAAUAAACUCAGGACUGCUAUUACGUACUCUUGCAAAUGAGGACACUAACUUGAGGUCCCUACAGUUUCCAUUAUAAAGAGAGUUGACUGUAUAUGUUACUAUGUCUGAAGAGACAGUCUGGUCAAUAGACCAAUAAUAUUAUUUCAAUAGUAUAUUAAGGUUCUACUUGGCUCUGAGGCUUAGGGGAAUAAAACAAGAGAAAUCAUCUUGAAGCUGAGCAAUAUGAAUAAUGCAUUUUUUGUUAAUUCCACUAAGCCUCAUUGUCACUUAAGAGUAUUUGAAUGUAUUGAAAUUGGUCUUUUAAAAUCCAAACUUUAACAAGCUUAACUACCAUCGAAAGACUGUGUAGCAUGAAGGACUUCCUCCUUAUCCCUCGAGGGUAUUAAACAUGCUACAACGUGCCAGUGCUGGGACACCCUCUCAAUUUCCCACUGCCCAUGACCUACAUCAUUCAUAUAUGGCCACUCAAAUGAGGUGACAAUCUUUGAAUCUUCUUGACUUGAUUUCAACACGUACUUGGUUAAUACGGUACAGGUCUAAGGUGUCCCUCUUCUAUGAUUCAAGCCCAUAAUCAAAUUAAAACAUGUGCCAAUGGUAGAGUGUCUAAGGUAAACCUAAUCUAAUCUCAUUCAAAUAAUGGUGCCACAACAUUUGUUCUUUAUAUUUUCAGAUUAUCGCUCAAAGACUGGCAAAAAAGAUGGUAGGUGCUUCUGAGUGUCUAUUUAUUUAUCUGUUACUUUGCUGAAGAAACUUGUAAAUAUUGUCAUUCAUGAAAAUUAAAGUGGCUUAUCAGUUCCAUCCAGUUUCUUUUAAACCUCCUGGUAAAUGAUUGUUUUGUGUAUGUAUUAUUUUGUUUUACACUUGCACAGAUUUGCGAGAUAUUAAGUCAAGACAUUCAUGGAUUCAACCAUCGGAGAUUGAUUUGACAAACAAGAUUGGCAAAACGGUUACUGGAGAGGUAAGGCAUUUUCUUCCCUCACUCAGCCAGGGGAAUGAUGAAGUUAGUAACCCCAGAGGGCCAAAUAUAAAAUUUGCUGGUGCCAUUAAGCCCUGUGGUAGUCCUAUAGUAUUCCCUUGUUAUGGCUGAUUUCAGGUCAUUGUCCAUGUACUCUAUUUAGAUUAUUGGUUGCGCUAUUUAUGUGUAUUUGUUCUGUUUCAGGUUUGGAAGGGAAAGUGGAAUGAUAUACAUAUCAUAGGCAAAAAACUUGCUAUAAAAAUAGUAAACAAAAGAAUCUCCAGAGAUUUUAGUGAAGAAUAUUCCAAGUUAAGGUAAUGACUUAAUUUCCUUUAAGUUCUGUUUUAAUAGACUGCCUACUUAUCUAAAGGAAUAUUUUGAAGUGAUAAUAUCAUUAUUUUUCCUUUCAGAAUAUUUUCUCAUCCUAACGUUCUUCCUGUGAUUGGUGCUGUAAAUGAUUCUAAGAAUUUAGUAGUGUUAUCGCAGUAUCUACCAUUUGGUUCACUUUAUAACGUCCUACAUGAAGGAACGGGUGAGUACAAUUAACAUAAUUCUACACUAAACAUCUUUUUAUUUGGGCAUCUUGUUUGCUAACAUAUUGCAUUACUGUACUAUAGCAGACAGAGGUAUUUCUGCCCACCUAGGUGCAUAUAUGAGUUCUAGAAAUUUCAGUCAAAAGUGAGGUCCAUCAUAAUUUUAUGGUAUGGUACUUUUGGCAGGUAUUAUUGUGGAUCAACAACAGGGAAUGAAGUUUGCUGUAGACAUCGCAAGGGGAAUGGAAUACUUGCAUUCUUUAGAACAGUUGAUCCCAAGACUAUACCUGAAAAGUACACACAUCAUGGUGAGUACUCGUGGUGACACAAGGCUAGGGAUCAGCCAAAUGUUGUCAAUCAGACUGACAGUCUACAGGUUACUCAUGUCUGGCAAAAUAUUCGCCUGAGAAAACAGCCAACAUUUUCACAAUGCCACUUCUGGUUUCCCCGUGAAAUGACAAUAAGGUUAUAAGUGCUUCUGAUUGGCUGAAGCAAAUUUCCCACGUAGCAUAACCAAUCAGAAGAACUACCCAGAUUUGGGUAGCGAUGUGUCAUCAGUAUAUGGAAUUUCUGUGCUUGUUUCUCACACGUCAUUUUGCAGGGAAACCAGUGGUGGUGUCUUGAAAUGUCAGCUGUUUUCUCAGGCUAACAAAAUAUGUGAGGGGCUUUGUUUCAAAAGAAACUGUGGUACCAUUGUUUUGGUGGGGGAGUAAAGCACUAAAGUUUGGUUUUAUCAACUGAGUCAGUGAUAAAUUGAAAUUACUUGUACCAUUGUAGUAUCAAGAAGAUUCAAUGCUGAUGUUUCAGGCACUGGCCCAUCCUGUAUUUAUUCGGAUGAUGGGCUAGCACUCACAAUACCAGCUUUUGAAUCUUUUUAUGUCCAGGCAUUCCCAGUGAAGACUGUUGAAACUGGGUAUAAGAAUUGCGAUGUGUCACAGCGCCAUGCUUCAUUUUGUGAAGAAAGACAAGAAUACACAGUUUCACCUCUUUCGUCUCACUUUUGUAUGCCAUUUUAACUGUAAUUUCAGAUUGAUGAUGAUCUUACAGCAAGAAUCAGCAUGGCUGAUUAUAGAUUUUCCUUUAUGAACCUCAGCAAAAUAGAAAGUCCAAACUGGAUGGCUCCUGAGGGUGAUUAAUUUUUUUAAUAAUUUUUCUCAAUUUCAAGAGCAGUGUUAAAAGGUUAGAGGUUGAUUACAAUAAAUAUUCAUGAAAUUUGAUGUAGUGUCUGAGACCAGGGGGGAGGGCGAGGGGGGUGACAUGCCAACCUAUUGUUUGUUGUGCUCCUUCAGUAGAUAGCGAGGCACACAUUACAUACAACAAAAGAAACAAUAAAGCCCCCAAGAAGGCUCUAUUGUUUGGUUUCUUUGUUUCUUUUGUGAUGAUGGUACCUGCAGAAAGACCUGGUUGUUGACUCGAUAAAUUGCAUGGUGAUUUGAAGUGAACCAGAUCGUGUGGCUAUAAAAAAGCAGAUUUGAUUUUAAAAUACAAAAUAACAAAAAAGUCUUAAGGUGGUAUUUACAAGUCCAUUUUCCCUUUCCUGGUUAAGUGAAUUUUUAGUUCAUGAACAUCAAAAUUUUCAAGUUGAUUUAGACAGUUUUCCAAAUAUAGGAUAUGUCUACAGUAACAAUGCUAGUUUGAUUUUUUUUUGUCUAGAAUACCAUACAUAUAUAAGCUAAUCUUUUUAUCUCUUGUUUGUAUUGUUUGUUGCUCUUUUUCUCAGUCUUACAAAAAAGCCCAGAAGAAGUGGACCAGCGGUCUGCCGAUAUGUGGAGUUAUGCUAUGAUCCUCUGGGAGCUUGUGACGAGAGAAGUUCCAUUUGGAAACCUGUCACCUAUGGAAGUUGGCAUGAAGGUUGGUGGAACCAUUUAUCUCCGAGAGUGAUGAGAAUCAAGAUUCUUCUUGUGUCAAUGUCAAUGCUUAGGCAGUCAGUAUGUCAUAAGAAUCUAGGACAUGAUCACGCACAAUUUUUUUAUAAGUUUGUUUAAGUUUUCCCCUCUACAUCUAUUAGACACAUGAUACUAUUAUUUGAGCAAUAAUGGAGAAUUACAUUUUGAUAAUCAGGAUUAAAGGUUUAAAUAAUUCUUUUAAGGGCCUGUUACAUGGAGGUGGGAGACCCCAGCUACGUGAGGUAACCUGCCUGUUCAUAUAAUCUCUCAUAUGGUCACCCCACCUAUCAUGUAACGUGAUCAAAUGAAAAUGAGAUACUGUAAUAUUCCGAAAAUAAUAAGCCCCCCAAACUCGUAACACAAAAACCCUCUGUUAAAUCACCCCUCCAAAUAUAAGCCCCCUGGGGGCUUGUACUUGGAAAUUGCCCUGAAAUACAAAGGAAAACAAAGUGAAAACAGUAAAUUUCCUUCCAACUAUAAGGCUAGCCCAAUCGAUUUUGAAACGCAAAUUUCCCUCCGUAGAUAAGCCCCACCAAAUAUAAGCCCCUCCAAAAAUAAGCCCCUCAAAAAGGGGCUUUGAAAAAUAUAAGCCCAGGGGCUUGUUUUCGGAAUUUUAGAAUGUUAUAUGGACAGGCAGGUUACCACACCUAACUGGAUUACCUCACCUGACUGGGAUCCCCCACCUCCAUGUAAACGGGCCCUAAGACUAUCAUUAAAGAAAUUUAGAAUAACAUUGAAAAAACUUUAAAAACGCCAGAUUAAGGUUGACAAUUUCUCAAGCCAACAAAAACUGUCCAAAGUAAUUCUUAUGGAUAAAACCAGUGCAGUUUGUGUAGAACUAAUGACUAGUUUUUGAAGGGAUAACUUGGUCACGUGGUACAAAUUAAGGUUUGCCAUUUGCCAAAACAUGAGUUCUAAAUCUCUCUAUUGCCAAGCACAGGGCUGUCACUAAGAGCCGGGGGCUGGGGAUUUCCCCCGGUUAUUAUGAAUGUGGCCGCCAGCUAGUUGGUUAGGAAAAUAGAAGAAAAAUAGAAACAAAAGAAAUCCCGAGCUGUUUGAUUCCCUGCCUACUUGUUGUAUUUACCCGGCAACUUGAAAUCUUAGCAACAUCCCUGCAAGCAUCAAUUUUUGAAUCCCUCUGUGGCAAUGAUCAAUUUUAUUGACCUAAAUUUUGUCUUUCAUUUUUCCAUUUGUCUCCUCAGGUUGCUCUAGAAGGCUUGAGACCUUCUGUUCCUCCUGGUUCCUCUACACAAAUGUCAAAACUAGUCUCAAUCUGCUGGAAUAAUGACCCAACCAAAAGACCAAGAUUUGAUCAAAUUCUUCCAAUUCUCAGCAAGAUGGCACAAUAAAAAUUUACACAGCUAUAGGAAAAAUAGAAAUAUUACAGAUAGUCACCUCCUCCCCCUGAAAAUCUUGAUGUGUACAGCUGAAAGAGGCAUCUGAAAUGCAGCUCCACCCAAAGUAUUCAUAAAAUACUCCAAACAAGUGAGUCUUCUUUCAGGUUUAAGAAAACCAUCCAUGGUUAGUCACCUUGAGCAACCCUUAAAAUAUCAAGUGCCUUUUUCUUCAUACAUUUUACAAAGAAUAAAUAUUUUCGUAGGUUAUGAUAUAGAAAUAAAUGACUGGCAAUAACAGACACCAUUGAAAAUAAAAUUGGGACAUGAAACUUGAAUGAACUAUAUGCUGCUUGCAAACAUAUUGACAGAGAAGCAGCUGUACCAAGCUAAUAAUUAAUGUGAACUUCCUCGCACAUAGUAUUUGAAACUCUACUAGGGCAUUGGUAGUCUCCCACUCAGCCAUUUUUGUCUUGUCAUU